AUGACAAUAGCUCCUAGUGAUACCACCACCAGCAAUGACAGCAAAGCUGUUGCCUCGGCUUCCACUUCUUUGCACGAACAGGUAGCCCAAUGGGAAUCCCAACUUUUGAACGACUACGACAAUAAUAUGAGUCUUCACGACGCGCAAGGCCUACUGAUGCGAUGCGUAAAGCUGAGUCAAGUUUUGGUUGCUACCGUGCAAAAGAAGCAAACAGAAGAACAGGACCAACGAGACGAAAAGCCUGACUUAAAGCCAUCAAGUCCGGACCAACAAGAAGAUGACGAGACGAUGAUACCUGCUGUCACAAAUAAACAAGAACCAUCUGCAUUAUCAUCUUCUAUACGAGUACCAUCCGAGGUCCUUCGUUUAUUGAUUCCUCAUCUGACCGCUAAAGAACUGGGCCGCUUAUUUCUUCUAACAAGCCCGCAGAUUGUUCCCAUGUUGGGACAGAAUUUUGUUUGGAAACAGCUCUGUCUCAAAUUAUGGCCCGAUUGUCUGACGUCUUCAUUGGGAGGAGCCGAUUGGUGGAUCACUGCCAAUACCACCACCAUCACCAACAACAACAACAACAACAACAAAAAUAAUGCCUUUCAAUGGUAUUUUGGGCAGCGCCAAAAGUCAAUCCUCUUGCAAGAAAAUGACCGAUUGCAGCCUUUGCCCAAACCACGAUGGAAUCCUGACUUUUUGACGCUCGGCAUUGAUAUUUACAACGAAAAGGGUGAAAUGGUGCAUACCCGGACCAUCGACAACUUCUUGUCGCAUGUGGAUGACUUUUGUACCAACGGCACUGUGACAAUUCAUCUGGAAGAACCGAUACCUGUGGGCAGUCUGCCGACAGGCCGAGGCUGUCAUUGUUGGAACUUGCCCAAGUCGUAUCCAGGUUGGAAGGCUCGAUUGCAUGUUUUUGCGGAUAAUAACACUGCAAUUGAAGGCGACGACGACAAUUUUGAUGACACAAGCGCUACCGGUAGGGGUACUACUACUACUACUACUGCCAGUACACAUACUACUUGUUUCAACGGUCGUCAAUGUCAUACACUCUUGGACACGAAUUUUUCGGUUUGGAGGGGCUUUAGUGACAAUGGAGAACUGACAUUUAUCCAAAAGGAACGCACCAAGGGACUGCAAUUGAAAGAUCGAGGACGAUUUCUACAGCACCGCAUAGUCACAGGGGCUUCCAAGACACCCAAUUGGAAGAACUUUUUGGGGCUCCAAGCAAAAGUCAUUCUGGUAUGCGAAAAGACACAUGAUGUGGUCGAGGAUAAUUAUGAUAGUGAGCAUGGCAAUAUUCCUCCUACAGUUGGCCCCAUCCAACAAUUUGGAUUUACAAGUCUGAGGAUACAAGUCAUUCGUUUGCAUCAGAAUUCGGUUGGAAAUGUUCAACACAGCCUGUACCGGAAGGAUUACGGUUGGCAUACUCAUGGAGUGGAGCUCCUGCACCUUUUAGAGGAACUAAUAUAA